CCCAGAGGACAGUUUGAAACAGAGGAAGGCAGAGCAGGCACCUGGGAGGAGGUGGAGAAGGCGGGGUUGGGGGGCUGGGGCUCAGGGUGGCAUCCUGGGCAGGGCAGGGGGCCUAGGAGUGGGCAGGGGAGAAUGCGACUCUCCAAAACCCUUGUCGACAUGGAUAUGGCUGACUACAGUGCUGCUCUGGACCCAGCCUACACCACCCUGGAGUUUGAAAAUGUGCAGGUGUUGACCAUGGGCAAUGACACAUCCCCGUCUGAAGGUGCCAACCUCAAUGCUCCCAACAGCCUGGGUGUCAGUGCCCUGUGCGCCAUCUGUGGGGACCGGGCCACAGGCAAACACUAUGGAGCCUCAAGCUGUGAUGGCUGCAAGGGUUUCUUCCGGAGGAGCGUGAGGAAGAACCACAUGUACUCCUGCAGGUUUAGCCGGCAGUGCGUGGUGGACAAAGAUAAGAGGAACCAGUGCCGCUACUGCAGGCUCAAGAAGUGCUUCCGGGCUGGCAUGAAGAAGGAAGCUGUCCAAAACGAGCGGGACCGGAUCAGCACGCGGAGGUCAAGCUACGAGGAUAGCAGCCUGCCUUCCAUCAAUGCGCUCUUGCAGGCUGAGGUCCUGUCCCAGCAGAUCACCUCCCCUGUCUCUGGAAUGAACGGCGACAUUCGGGCAAAGAAGAUUGCCAACAUUGCAGACGUGUGCGAAUCCAUGAAGGAGCAGCUGCUGGUUCUGGUCGAGUGGGCCAAGUACAUCCCGGCUUUCUGUGAGCUCCCCUUGGACGACCAGGUGGCCCUGCUCAGAGCCCAUGCUGGUGAGCACCUGCUGCUGGGAGCCACCAAGAGAUCCAUGGUGUUCAAAGACGUGUUGCUCCUAGGCAAUGACUACAUCAUCCCUCGGCACUGCCCAGAGCUGGCAGAGAUGAGCCGGGUGUCCGUUCGCAUCCUUGAUGAGCUGGUCCUGCCCUUCCAGGAGCUGCAGAUUGAUGACAAUGAGUAUGCCUGCCUCAAAGCCAUCAUCUUCUUCGACCCAGAUGCCAAAGGGCUGAGCGACCCAGGCAAGAUCAAGCGGCUGCGGUCACAGGUGCAGGUGAGCCUGGAAGACUACAUCAAUGACCGGCAGUAUGAUUCUCGUGGCCGCUUUGGUGAGCUGCUGCUGCUGCUGCCCACGCUGCAGAGCAUCACCUGGCAGAUGAUCGAGCAGAUCCAGUUCAUCAAGCUCUUCGGCAUGGCCAAGAUUGACAAUCUGCUGCAGGAGAUGCUGCUGGGAGGGUCUGCCACUGAUGCACCCCAUGCCCACCACCCCCUGCACCCUCACCUGAUGCAGGAACACAUGGGCACCAACGUCAUAGCUACCAACACGAUGCCCUCUCACCUCAGCAACGGAGAGAUGUGUGAGUGGCCCCGACCCAGGGGGCAGGCAGCCGCCCCUGAGACUCCACAGCCCUCACCACCAGGCGGCUCGGGAUCCGAGCCCUACAAACUCCUGCCAGGAGCCAUCACCACCAUUGUCAAACCUCCCUCCGUCAUCUCCCAAUCAACCAUCACCAAGCAAGAAGUCAUCUAGCAAGCCGCUGGGGGUCGGGGAUUCUGCUGGCUCACCCCAGCCCCCUCAGAGAGCGCCUGGGUACAUCUCGGUCACAGCAAGGAAGGUGUGACAGCAGGGCCAGUCCCAGAGCAGCCAUGAAAAGGGUGCAGGGCCCAAGGACAUGGGCUGAGGGUCACAUCCAUUGCCACCUUUGACCCUGUGCCUGGAGAGCAGGGCUUUGCCUUGGGGAGACCCCAGCUGGGAAGUCUUCCACUGCCUGGACCACUUUUCUCAUGCUGGAGCCACUACCUUCAUCUUCAUGUCUUCUCUCAACUUCCUUAUCCUCAAAGGACAACCAUCUACAGAUGAUACAGGACAUUGUUUAAACAUAGCUCCCUUCUCCCCUAGCUGGGGCUUCUUUCUUGGUGCCAGUCAUGGGGGUCCAGACACAAAGCUUCUGAGGCUGCCGUCAGCUUGCAGUGUGGUAUUCCUCUCUCUGCUGUGCUCACCUCAGCUGAUCCUCUGCCCCAUCCUCUAUGUUACCUUCCUCAGUCAAUCUGACUUCUCCAAAGUCAUCUCUCUGGAGGCUGAGGAAGACAUGGCAGCCAUUUCCCCAUCUAUCCUGAGCACCUUCUGUAAGCACUGAUCUGGGCUUAGCAGAGGGUAGGAGGCCUCAUCCCACAUCACACCCCAUCCUUUCCUCCUGCACUGGGUUUUAACUUUGGAGUGAUGAGCCCUAUGGCUUUCACUCACAGAGAAUCAUCCAGGAGUGGCAAUUUCAACAGAGCACUGAGGGGGGCGGGGAAUCAUCAGAGAAAACAUCUAGAAAGAGGAAGGCUCAGCGUCUAGCUUUCGAAGAAGGCCUAGGCUUCAGGCUGACAGAGCAGGAAGACAGACCAGUCUGAGGGACAGUAGCCUGGGCAAAAGCUCAGCAAUAAGAAUGGCGUGGGAGAGAUGUGAUGAUAAGACCAGUCUCCAUGGAGGGGUGGGGGGAACAUGCUGGGGAAUAUGGAACCUUGAAUGCUAAACUGAGGUCAGGAGUGGCUGUAGUAUGAGGCUGUCAGAAGAUGGAUACGGCAUCCUGCAGAGGUAGGACAGCUGAGAGGGAGCAAUGAGGCCAUACUGGGUGAUGAUGUAAUGCUGGGGUCUGGGAAUGAGAGGAAGGGAUGGGAGGAUCCUAGGUCAGAGUUCCCCAUAGGGCCUGUCUCAGCUCUUCCUAUUCCCGGGUGCUGUCAUAAGGCACUCAACAUCUGUCAUCUCGUUGAAUCUUUCCUGUUGCCUAGACAUUGCUACAGAAGAUGAAAUGGAGUUCUACGAGGUUAAGGGACCUUUCAUCUUAAAUUCAUACAGCUAGUCAGUGGCCAAGUCAGGUAUGAGCCCAGUCUUUCUGGAUUAGAGUAGGAGAUUCUAACCACCACCUUGGAAACUCUUGUCUUUCCUGCGAUGGAAUUCAAAGACUUCCUGAUCCUUCACCAGCCUCAGACCCAGAGGCUCGCUCUUUCCAGAACCAAUUGACUGGAGGUUGUUCCAAAGCCCUCUAGAGGUCAAGAAUCCUGCUUGCUGAUAAACAGUAAAGUGUAUUCACAACUCCUGACCCCUUUCCCUCUUUGCUCCUCAAGUCUAGGUGGGGUGCAACAGGGAUGUGGUUCCUGGGAGAAAGACUAGUCUAGCCUGGCAGUCUAGGGUUGAGACAGUUUGGGUGAGGGGCAGGAAAGGGAUAAGAAGGCCUGGGUUUCAGGCUUGCUCUAGGGAGCGACAUUCAAGGUCCAUCCUGGAAAUACUAAUCCUGAGGAGCCAAUGCUUUAUCCUGCUGACUCUCCAUAGCUUUAGGGAGACUCAGGAAAAUGCCACUGACCAGUGGGGCUGGUGGUAUGAUUAGCGAGAAGAGAGAACUUCUAGACCGAAUACCUAUAUGUUCCAUCAAAGCCGACCAUUCUGAGUGGAUGGGGCCAGUACCUCAGCAUCCAUAGAUUCCACCCUUAGUGAUAGAUCUUUGCAAAAGAGAUGUGGAAUAUUGGGGGCAUCUACUUAAGAGGUGCCCCUGCAUCCCAGGGCUGUAAGGAUUGGUCUACUCUCCCCACCCCACCCCUAUUCACCACACUAAGUCCUGGGUCCCAGAAGAGACUUUUCCAUACUUAGAACUCUCAAGCUUUCUUUUAGCCACCCUCACUCCAGUACCCUCAGAGGUCCCAGCCAGAUGGUUCAGACUGCUCUGCAUGAGGCAGGAAAGCUGGAGUGGCAUUCCCACUCUUUGUCCCUCCAUCCCCAGUGAUGUUCAUGGAAAGAGUGGGCAACAGUGGCCAUAAAUGAUAGCAGUCUUCUGGGGCAGGGUCAGUCCUCGUCCCUAACUGUCCUUCAGGAGAAAUCCAUUCCACUUUAAUAACUUUAUUGCAAUGUAGGAAACACGAAAUAAAGACAAGUUUACUCUUCUGAGUCUGACUAA